AACGAAAUAUUUGUCAAAUGCAUUACCAUUACAUGACGCACCGCAAUCAAUAUUCUGUAUUAAUAGUUGGUCUCAGAUCUCAAGUUGCACUAUAUGGCAUUACAAUGCCGAAAUACUGCACAGCUCCGAACUGCAAGAAUGAUUCCAGGGACACAGGUAGUGGGAAGCGGAGUUUUUACAAGUACCCUUUGCACGAUCCAGAGAGGUUACAGCUGUGGUUGAAGAACAUGGGUCGUGAAGAAUGGUCUCCAACUCGCCACCAGUAUAUUUGCCAUGAGCACUUCUUGCCAUCUUGCUUUACUUUACGCUGGGGCAUCCGCUACCUCGCCACUGAUGCUGUACCAACAAUCUUCGAUCUCACCGAAAGCGCUAAGAAACGGAAGGUUCUUGGUUAUCUUGAGAGGAAAGCCAGACGUCUGCGAUACCAGAAAGCAAAACUGCCACCACCAGAUGGAGUGACUCCAUCUAAGGAAGUAACUCCAAUAAGGAAGCAUUCUGCCCAUGAAAGUGACACCAGUGCUGUGCAGCUUUAUGCAGUAACUUUUGAGUCAUCCCAUGGUAGUGAACCUGUACUGUUAGAUGCCAGUCACUCUGCAGGUGAACUGGAAACCCUUCCGACAGCUGUGCUGACAGAUGGGGUUCAAGGAACGGAAGGAGACACUCCCGUAAAUCUUCUUCAGACAGCCAAGAAAACAGAUGACACUAGCAGCGAGGGACAAAGUGAGGUUGUAAUGAUGUUUGAGAGUCCAUCUCUCGAAGGAGGAGAGGAGGUGGAGCUGUCAGAUAGCCAGGAAACAGUAACGAAGGAAGGUAUGAGGCAAGCACUCCACGAUCCUUCCUCUUUUGCCACUGAGAAUGAAGCUACGAAGAUGGAGGAGACCUCUGUUGUCCAGGAAGAGGACAGUGGCACCCAGCUCAUUGCCUACUUUGAGACCAUUCCCAAUGUCCUAUCUAAUUGUGCCUCUAUGCAGAUUAGUGCCUCCUCAGAAACAGUGCUGUCCUCCUCUCUCAGCUCUAAGCCAAUCGUCUCCACCGUCCCCAUCGUAUCCAAGCACGUAAUGCCCUCCCCAGACUCACUUGUUCUCACCCUGGAGAGAUUAGUAUCUGUCGAGGGGCAAGGGGAGGAAAGCGAAGGCACGGCAGGCGGGACUAAACAACUCGAGGAGCACAGGUAUCACAAGAACAACCUGAGCAAGGAACAGCUGGAGGCCAUAGUGAUUGAGCUCCAGAAAAAGGUGAAGGUCCUGCAGCAAAGGCAUCGCCGACACUUGGACAAAUUGCUUGGAUUAGAAAGCACAGUUAAUCAACUGAGACAAAGCAACCUGCUCAAAGAAGAACGCCUACAACUGCUUGAGAGGGCCUACUUACAGACUAGUGCGGCCGAUUCUCAUCCCGGGGAGACUGUGGCUAUUAUCUGUGAGGAUGAAAAUGCUUCACAUCUCCAUGCCGAGCCAAAAACUGAAGAAGAGGAGGGGUUAGGUUAG